AUGGCAUCAACAUGUCUUUUUUUAUCAACAUUCGAUCGAUGUUUAUCAACAUCACGAAAUGUUCACUGGAGACAGUUUAGUUCUAUGUCUUUUGCUAAACGUCUUUUAAUUUUAAUCAUGCUAUUUCUUUUAAUUUCAAGUGUUAUUUGUUUAAUUGUCUAUAAUCUUUAUAAUGGUAUAUGUACAACAACACCUGGCUUUGGAACAAUCAUUGUUAUUGUUUAUGGAAAUGUUUUUAUUUCUUUGAUUCCACAUGGAGGUAUGUUUAUUUGUAGUAUCGUUACAUGGAUUCAUCUACGACAAAUGAGAAAUCGAGUUGAUACAAAUUCUGGCAUUAAUAAUCUAACAAUUCUUGUUCAACGAACGAAUCGACAAUUACUUAUUUUAAUAUUUACACAAGCUUUUCUAGCAAUUAUAUUAGAAGUUCAACGUGAUAUAUCAGCAACGUACAGUUUAAUUACAAGUUCAGUAAAGAAAAGUGUUGAACAACAACAAAUUGAAUAUUUUCUUUUACAAUUGAGUAUUAUACUCUAUUAUAUAAAAUUUGCAAUGCCAUUCUAUGUUAAUUGUGCAUUUAGUACAUUGUUUCGAAAAACAUUUCGGACAUCUAUGAAAUCGUUAAUUAGUCGAUGUUUUCAUUUAUGUCAAAAUAAUUGA